AUGUCGACUUUGUAUGUCACCGAGCCACCGACGGAUGGCAAAGUCAUUUUAUACACACCAAAAGGGGAGAUUGAAAUUGAGUUAUGGUCUAAGGAGGCACCAAAGGCAUGCAAGAACUUCAUCGCCUUGACACUUGAGGGUUAUUUCGAUAAUUUGGUAUGGCAUCGCAUUGUGCCAGGCUUCAUUAUACAAACUGGCGAUCCAACUGGUACAGGACAAGGAGGCGAAUCGUUUUUUGGCUCCCCUUUCGAGAAUGAGCUUCAUCAACGGCUCCGGUUUAAUCGUCGCGGUCUAGUCGCAAUGGCCAAUACUGGUGAGAAGAACUCCAACGACAGUCAAUUUUUUAUCACAUUGGAUUCUACACCUGAGUUGCAAAACAAACAUACAAUUUUUGGGCGGGUGGCAGGAUCCACUAUCUACAAUGUGUUGGCAUUAGCCAAUGUCGAAAUUUCAGAGAGUGAGCCUGACAGGCCUGUAUACCCACCAAAGUUGAAUCGAGCUGAAGUGGUACAUAAUCCAUUCUCCGAUUUGGUCCCGCGUAUAACACCUGAAGAACGAAUCGUUCAGAAUCAAGCGAAAGCCAUGGCAGCAGAACGUGCAGACUCGCUCAAACGGAAAAAUAAGCGACCGAAAAAGAAUGUAACAUUGCUGAGUUUUGGUAGCGAGGAAGAUGUUUCUCAAGAGGAACGUUCAAGAAAACCUAUGAGCAGCCACGAUUUACUGGAGGAUAAGCGUCUUAGCAAGAAACCCCAUCAUGAUAUACAACUUAAACAGGAGAAUGUUCCAACCGAAAACUUCCGCAAAGGCCAUAUUAAAGGACCACGUAUUCCCGAGGAACUGAACCCAACCGAAAAUGUAUCUCAACAAGUUUCUGAAACAGAAAACUUGCUAUCUACACCAGAAAUUAAACCAAAGCAAUCGUCUGGUCGUGAAUUGUUAAAUUCUAUUGUUCAACAAUACAAACAAGACAAAAAGGACUCCAAUCCACCUAGAGAUUUGGAUCAGUUAAAACUUCUCGGCUCGUUCCAAAAGAACAUUCGGGAGAAGACGAGUGUACCGAAGGGUCAAUCAGAAUUGACUAGGUUAUCUUCAGAAAGUCUAUGGGAUGAUGAUGCAAAUAUGCAUGAGUACGGGGCUGAAGACGAUGAUGAUGUGAACUGGCGCUCACACAGGUAUGUGCAUUAUAAGCUGACUCCAGAUUCGAUUCAGGGGGGAUUCCUUUAA